AUGCUUGAUCGAUUUUGUACUUCAAUAUUACCUCAAAAACAUCAUUGUAUAAAAAAACUCAUUCUUGAAACAACAUCAAUGGAACGUAUUCUUCUUGCUGGUGAUUAUCCAAAUUUGACUUCUUUGGAACUGUUUGGUUUUGAAGAAGAAGUAGUUUUUCGUUAUUUUACAGAUGACUCGUCCUUUCGACAUAUUUUUAAACAUCAGAUAACGGAGCUUAUUCUUCACAACAAUGAUGAAGAUACUAAUAAGAAACCAUGGUCUACUUAUAUAACAAAUGUGUAUGAAUCUAUAAUAGUUCUCUUCGAAAAUCUCAAAUACUUAACAAUUGUUCCAUCAUCUGUGUACAAUUAUCCACCUUUCUCAAUGUAUGAUAAUCAAGACCUAGCUAAUUGUUUCUCUUCAACUUUAUGUGUAUUACGUAUUAAUGUGUGUUUCUUUGCCGAUUGUCUCUCUUUACUUAAUGGUCAUCUCAAACAAUUAACUACAUUCAUCGUUGAAAUCAUGUAUAUUGACUGGCCGGUAUGGUCUAAUAGUAUGGUGGGUUUAGAUUGUUUUAUUGUUAGUUGAAAUAAGAAAUAAUAUCAAUGAUAAAUUUAUAUUAAUAUAUCGAAUGAUUAUUAUAAUAAUGAUCAGAAUAUUGUGAAAUAAUCAUAAAUCGACAGAUGUUCUUGUUUGUUUGUAUAUCGAAUAUAUCUGAUAAUUACUGAUUAGAUCAAGUUAAUCAAAUAAUUGGAAGAUGAGUAUCUUAAUCUAUGCAAUAAACAAUUGAUGAUUAUUUGAAAAAAAAACAAAAAAUAUUCCUAAGAAAAAUAUCUCCAAAUUCUACUAAGCACUAAGUGAUGAUAUGAUUUAAAUAAAUGACAUUGCUUUAGGUCAUAUUGAUGAAAAAUAUUUUUGUAAAGAUAUUUUUAGUCAAACUGAUUGUUUGUAAUAAUGACAUUUGCAAUUCAAAAAUGAAAACUAUUUUCUUGAACAAUAUUAAGCAUAUUUCAUACAAUCAAGUUUAGGAUUUCAAAAUCUUUCCAUAGUUGAUCAUUUUCCUUUUCAAUUAGCUUCUAAACAUUUAUUUCAUGUUCAUUGUUUUUCAAUAGUUAGAAAUAUGAAGUAUCUAUUUUUGACAUGAUUAUUGCAUAAGUACUAAAUCUUAUCAAAUAGAAGAAAUAAUUGAAAAUGGGUAGAACUUGUAAGAUGACUUUAUUCUAUUAAACUCUUUAUAUUAAUUCAACUAAUAAAUAU